AUCACUUUGAAAAAUUUGAAAAAAUUAUUUCGAAGUACCAUUGAUUGAAAAUUGAAGUUCCCAUUUUGUUUAAUUCUCACUCUUUAUUAGUGCGCAUUUUGUGGUAUCACUCGUGUAGGCAUGAGUUUCCAAAAAAAGCCCAUAAUUAUAGAUGCACAAGGCCAUCUUCUUGGUCGUUUGGCCUCUGUUGUGGCCAAAACAUUGCUCAAUGGUCAGAAAGUAGUCGUAGUACGGUGUGAAGGCAUCAAUAUAUCAGGAUCGUUUUAUCGAAACAAAUUAAAAUAUCUUGACUUCCUUAGGAAGCGGAUGAACACCAACCCAUCGAGAGGUCCAUAUCACUUCAGAGCACCCGCAAAAAUAUUCUGGCGUACUGUCCGUGGUAUGCUUCCUCACAAGUUAUACCGUGGGAAACAGGCUCUUGACAGACUCAAAGUUUUCGAAGGCAUACCUCCUCCAUACGACAAGAAGAAGCGCAUGGUUGUUCCUUCAGCUUUACGAGCAAUCCGGUUGAAGCCAGGACGAAAGGUAUCUGAUCAUAACCCUGUUCCUGGAACUUCGUCUUGAACAAGCGGAUAAUACAACUCAACUUUCACUAACAGUAUAUCUUCAAGCCUUGUCAUUUACAUUUUUUUAAAGCAAUUAGUCCUUUUUGUAAACUACAUCGUACGAUGUAAAAUUGUUUCUCUCCCCUUUGUUACUUACUUGAAUUUUCAUUUGAUUGACCUUUAUCAAUUUUCAUAUAAAAUGCCCUGACAGGUAUGUGUGACCAGAUUGUUCGAAAUGUAUAGCGCAAAUACAUCACAUUUUUCAGAUCAACUCCGUUU